CCGAGUCGGCAGGGGGAGGGGGCGACGGCGGCGGACCGCUGUCUCACCCGUGUCCCACCUUGCCCGGCGCGGUCGGUCUGCGGGGGCCCGUUUGCCGCCUCCCAGGGGACCCGAUGGCAUCGGAGGGCCUGGCGGGGGCGCUGGCGGCGGUGUUGGGGGGCCAGGGGCUGAAUGUGCACAGCUGCGACUCGGUGCCGGCCGGGGAGCCCCGGGCGCCCGUGCGGCUGCGGAAGAACGUCUGCUACGUGGUGCUGGCCGUGUUCCUCAACGAGCAGGAUGAGGUGCUACUGAUCCAGGAGGCCAAGAAAGAGUGCCGUGGGUCUUGGUACCUACCCGCGGGGAGAAUGGAGCCUGGGGAGACCAUCGUGGAGGCACUGCAGCGGGAGGUGAAGGAGGAGGCCGGGCUGCACUGUGAGCCUCUGACAUUGCUGUCUGUGGAGGAGCGGGGCCCCUCCUGGAUCCGCUUUGUGUUCCUCGCUCGAGCCACAGGUGGAAAUCUCAAGAGUUCCAAGGAGGCGGAUGCGGAGUCCCUGCAGGCUGGCUGGUACCCACGAACCUCCCUGCCCACUCCACUGCGAGCCCAGGACAUUCUGCACCUGGUAGAGCUAGCCGCCCAGUACCGCCAGCAAGCCAGGCACCCUCUUAUUCUGCCCCAGGAGCUUCCCUGUAGUCUGGUCUGCCAGCGACUCGUGGCCACCUUUACCAGUGUCCAGACAGUGUGGGUGUUGGUGGGCACAGUGGGGAUGCCUCACUUGCCCAUCACUGCCUGCGGCUUCACUCCCAUGGAGCAAAGGGGUGGCAUCAAGAUGGCCAUCCUGCGGCUGCUACAGGAGUGUCUGACCCUGCACCACUUGGCAGUGGAGACCAAGGGGUUGCUUGGACUGCAACAUCUGGGCAAAGACCAUGCAGAUGGCGUCUGCUUGAAUGUGCUGGUGACUGUGGCUUUUCGGAACCCAGGUAUGCAGAGUGAGCCCCCAAAGGUUCGGGGUGAGAACUUUUUUUGGUGGAAGGUGAUGGAGGAAGAUCUACAAAGCCAGCUCUUACAGAGACUUCAGGAAUCAUCUGUUGUCCCAGUCAACAGAUAGGAAGGUGCCAUCGUUGUGCAAGGAGCCAGUCUCCUGGGCCCUCUCCUCCCCCACCGCGGCUCUGCCUUCCUCUGAGGGAGGCAGGAGGUUGGCAGUCGGGUCUUGUUGCCUUAGGAGGUGAUUCUCCUAGUUCUCAGGGUAAUUUCCUUCUCUGUGGAACAGGUCCCUGCAUUGCACCAGGACAGUGCCUUUAACCAAACAAGGAGUUCAGAGCUUAAGGAUCUAAUUGCCCUGUGGGCACGAUGAGGGCACUACUCCCUACGGGGAUGUGAGAACUUUCUGAACCUGAGAGGGCAUCUACUCGUCAUUUUCCAUGCUUGCCUCAGUAAAGGCCUACAUCCCGAUUCUCAGGCACUUAGAAUACGGACUUGGGUUGCUGGGGGAGGUCAUUCCAAGGGAGUGGGCCCCUUGCUGAGUAAAUAGGUGGCAUUUGCUUUGCCUUCCUGCCUACAUGUCUCUGUGGGGAGGAAGUGAGCAGGAAGGGGGAACUGCAUCAAGAAAGAAGCUCCUCCCCUUGUCCCACCACAGCCACCCAGGUCUUCCCAGAUAGCAAGCUUGUGUCCCAGACUGCAGGUGACUGGGGUGGGCAGGCUUCCUGCUGUCCACCAUAGCCUCUGUGGUCCACUGGUGCUCUCUUUCUCUUGCCUGCCAGGGCAGGAUGUGUCCACAUCCCCUCUGGGGUUUGAGCAGUGAGAACACCAGAAGCUUCAGGUGGGCAAGGAGCUGUAAAGUAGAAGCUGGUCCUGCCUCCUUGAGCUUCCCUGUUCCCUCCCUGCAUCACUCUGCUGGCCUCCAGGCUCCUGCCUCUGCCUUUCUACAACUUCAGCCCAAGCCAGACCAAAACCCUUUAUUCCUUUCCCCUCAACCCAGCAGAAUCAUGAUAAAAAUUAUUGUUUUAAAAAAGAACUUUACUAAAACUUAAGGGAAAACCACAGGAAGUGAACAAAGAAAAUAUAUCGUGUGCUGAUCA